AUGCAGAAGGGCGAGGGCGCGGACCCCGAGGUGACAUGGGAGGACCAGCAGAACAUCAACAAGUUUGGGCGGCUCAACAACCGUCUGCACGAGCUGGAUGACGAGAUCAAAGCCAAGAAGGACUACCUGGAGAACAUAGAGGAUGCAAGCAACGAGUUGAUCCUAUGUGAUGAUGACACGGUGCGGUACAUGGCGGGGGAGGUGUUCCUGCACACGCACAGGGACGACGUGGAGGGGCAACUAGAGGCGCUGAGGGAGAAGACGAGCGGCGAGGUGGAGGCGCUGGAGGGGGAGAAGAGCAGCCUCGUGGCGCAGAUGGGCGAGUUGAAGGUGGUGCUGUAUGGGAAGUUUAAGGAUGCUAUUAAUUUGGAGGAGGACUGA